CCUAUUGACAGCUUAGACCCUGCCCAGUGUUGAUUGAGCUGUGAGUGCGCAACUCCAGCAGCCACAGCCCACUCCACGCAACACAGAAAAAAUGAUGCUGCGCUCCUUACCCCGCUCCGUCUGUCGUUCGGCUCGCUCGAGUCGGGCGCCUGACAGCAAUGCUCCGGCCGCUGCCGGCCUCCUCGAAGGACGCACGGACCGAUCAGUCAGACCAUGCGGAUCAUGGACUGCAGCAGCUGGAGCGAGUGCUAAGCGACAGCCACGGGCGAUACCCCACGUGGGUCCCUUGCCGACGACAGCAUACAUGAAGUUCCCGCUGGAUCGAUCCAUGUCGUCUCUGAAAUCUUCUCAGUGGGAGCGGGAAGGCCUGCCUGUAGCACCGGUGCACAGCGGUAGCGAGCCGCUGCCGUCGAACCUCAAGCUUGCGGCGGAGGCUUGGCCUGCUGCAACGGCGGGAGAGGGAGGAAACGCGGAAGGUGAAUCUGGUGCCGGAGCAGCAGAGGACGGAGAAGCGGAAGACGAAGAGGAAGAAGAGGAAACCGACCCCCUGUCGGAAGAGGACCACGACGCCAUCGCAGCCCUCCUCGACACACCCGGCCUGGCUGCCAGCGACGAUCUUGAGGUGGAAGUGGUGGCCUGGUCUGACGGCGCUCCUGUUGCGACGGUAUCGCUGGCGCCUUCCGUGUUUGGCGUGCCCGUGCGAAGGGACGUCGUGCACGAAGUCGUUCGGUGGCAGCUUGCGCGCCGUAGGAAAGGCAACGGCCAGACCAAGAGGAUAGGGGAGAUCAGCGGGUCCGGGAGAAAGGUUCGGCCUCAGAAGGGGGGAGGCGUCGCCCGCGCGGGUCACAGCCGUCCACCCCACUGGCGGGGAGGCGCCAAGGCUCACGGUCCGAGGAGGCGGGACUUUUCCUUCAAGCUCAACAAGAAGUUCGUCAGGCUUGGCUUAAGGGUGGCACUGUCCGCACGACUUCGGGAAGGGCAGCUGAAGGUCGUGGACGACCUCAAGAGCGACGGUUUCAGGACGUCCGCCAUGAUCAAGACCAUCAAGGCAAGGGGAAUCGACGGCCCUGUAACUUUUAUGGUGGGGGGAGACCCUCAGGUUGAGUUCAUGCGAUCAGUCAGCAACAUCGUGGGCGUCAAGGUCCUGUCUGCCCGGGGAGCCAAUGUGCACGACAUCAUCAAGCGACCGAACUUGGUCCUAACCCAGGAUGCCGUGACGCACUUGGAGGAGUUUCUUCAGACGUCCUAGCGCCGACUGAUGUUGAUGUCCACGUCAUCGUCAAAGAUUUUCAUCGCCACUUACUCUGCGGCCGAACCAGCAGCUGUAUCAAGUGUCGCCAUCUUGUUUGGUGUCCCAACAAUUGGGUUGCUAUGUUGGUGGACGAGAGUUCAAAGAAGUUAAAGUUUUUCCCCGGGGGGCCUGAGGGAUGGUUCGCGAAGAUACUCCUGCUCAAGAAAAUGUAUCGCCGUAGCGCCACGCGGUUCGCUAAUCUUCUGUCUGUACGACUGAGCCGGUUGCUCCCUGGCGAUUGUGUGAGACUAGGAUAUCGUUUGAUGUUCAAUGGACAGAUGAAGAUGCAUACACCCGUAUUGACAUCGAAAGAGGAGGGCGGGCAAGUCACGUGCACAGGUGUUAAAUCAUCAGUGCGUCGCUGCUGUUUGCCGGGCAUGUGAAGUAUGCAAGGUGGCCGAACCGUGUGCCCCUCCCGUGAGCAGGAUGAUGUGACACUUGGUCAUGUCCGACUUGCAUCAUGGAGCAACUGCUUGCUGUGAGGUCUAUAGAGUUGCAACACCUGUGUCUUGGUUGCUGGGAAUGGUCCGUCCAUUCGGUGGUGUACAUUAGCUCUACAGCAUGACGUUAGUCCAAGGCCACCAGGUGGUGGGCCUUUCCACCUUUCCCCCUUGGCAGAUGUAUAGAUCCUUAUUAGCAUCAGUCGUCUUGACUAAAUAGUGGGAGGGUCAGACUUCAGGCGUUCCCUUAGAUUGGAACUUCGAUCAUACCGCUCGGAUGCAAACGUGAAUCAGUGUGGGCAACAAAAUAGGCACAGGAAGGGUGUCUCACGC